AUGGGUGCUGGUUCGUCAAAGCAGAAGAUAACGUCUCAGGAUAAAGCAAUACUGGACCUCAAGGUCCAACGGGAUAAACUCAAACAAUAUCAAAAAAAGAUCAAUGUCGUCGUGGACAAAGAAUUGGAGCUUGCAAGACGAGCGUUAAGUCAAGGCGAUAAAAGAAAAGCAUUACUAGCCCUCAAGAAAAAAAAGUAUCAAGAGCAGCUGCUGGAAAAAACGGAAGAGCAACUCAUGACUUUGGAAGGAAUGACGCAAUCAAUAGAAUAUGCUUUGGUUGAGAAGCAGGUCCUGGAAGGAUUAAAGCAUGGCAACGAUGUAUUGAAGGAAAUUCAUAAAGAAAUGUCUGUCGAGGACGUGGAGCGUAUCAUGGACGAUACUGCGGACGCCAUUGCAUACCAAAAUGAAAUCGACGAGUUACUCAGCGAUAAGAUUACAGCGGAAGAUGAGGAAGAGAUUUUGGCUGAACUGGAAACACUGCAAAAGGAGGAGUUGGAAGCAGAGCUGCCGCAGGUUCCUCAAAACCCGGUUGUGUCAAAACCGACAAGCGUAUCUCUGCCGGAAGUGCCAACCCAUGUUCCAGGUAGGGUCGAAAACGUCGGAAUAUGA